AUGCCGAUCUUGACACAGCGCGGGUUCUCGCUCACGCCCGCGCAGCAGCGGCUCGCAAUCCGUGGUGGACUGCUCUUCGUGAUCAUUCUUCUCCUCCGUUCCCUCCUCUCCCCCUCGAAGCGCGCCGACGAGAUCCAAAGCCAUGGCAUGUUUGAGCGUGUCCUCCUCCCCGAAAAGUACCUCGACGUGUACAAGUACCCCUUCCUCCAGGCCAGGAUAGGCCGCGACGACCGCCCAGACCUGUUUGACGACGAGGUUGGGGAUGGUAUCCUUGAUUUUUGGCAGCGCUUCCAAAAGCCAUUUAUCACGGGCAAGGACACGGCGCACCUUGACACCCAGGUCAUGCGCUCGGUUGUCGACGAUCUCCUCCAGUUCAACGGCUGGGUGACUGCCUCGUGCCAAAAGCUCGUGCGUCCCUUUGGCCAAAACUCGGGCCAUGACAACUACGAGGACCUCGCCAGCGCCGACAACCUCUACUAUGUGGCCGUUGUCGUCCACUCGGCCGACCACUUCCUCGUUGACCAGCUGGCCGUCAUUGUCCAGCUCGCGCGCCGUCUGGGUACCCGCAACAUCUUUGUGUCGAUGCUCGACCAGGGCUCGGCAGACUCGACGCCUACUCUCUCGGAUCUCUGCGAAGCCGUCCUUACGAUCCUGGGCAUUUCGUUCCGUAUCCGCCGCAUUCCUCCCCUCUCCAUCAACUACUACCCUCUCGAGGAGGCCGAGGUCCGUAACGCGGUCCUGGAGCCCCUCCACGAGCUGUGGGACAAGCGUUCAAUCAAGUUCCACCGCGUCAUCUGGCUCAAGGGCUUCACCUGCCCGAUGGACAUUCUCGAGUCGCUCCGUGUCUCCGAGGUCAACAAGGCCGCCAUGACCUGCGGCAUGGACUGGGCCGAGCACAACGGCUUCUUCAUCUUCUCGGACCGCUGGCGUACGCGUGACAUUGCCGGCGACCUCUUCCGUCAGGCUCGUUCGUCGUCCAAGCCCGAGGCUGGCCCGCCCCGCGACAAGGUCGGCACCGAGCGCUACACCCACCACUUGCCCUUCCAGGUCUUCUGCUGCGAGUCGGGCACCCACGUCGUUGACCCCGAACAGUCGUACUACCGCGGCAUCGCGUACCGCGCCGCGAGCAACGCCGUCAACGUUACUGGCAGCGCCGACCUCUCGGCCGACCCUGACACUCCUUGCAUGGACUCGACCCAGAUGUGGUUCUGCCGUGACAUGUGGGUGGACGCUGCCCGCUCGGGCCUCAAGAACACCGACCGCGGCCCCCGCCGUAACCAGAACAAGCGCGAAUUGAUUGAGGUCGCCCAGAACAUUGAGCCCCUCGAGAAGCGCGAGCAGGACCUCAAGGCCAAGGCCAAGCGCGCCGAGGCUGACAAGCGUGCCGAUGCCGAUGUCGCCGCCGAGGAGCUCGCCGACGGCGAAAAGGCCAAGGGACGUGUCGCCGCCGAGAUUGCCGCCCAGGUCGCCGCUGCUGCCGAGGACGACCCGGCCGCCCAGCGCGAGGUCCCCAACCGUGACAAGAACGACGCCCACGCCGACAAUGACGGCACCGAGUCGCCGGCCGACGGAGGCUCGGGUACCGACAUUGACGCGAUGGACGAGGACGCGGCCAACCCGGCUCCCGAGGCGCUCAAGAAGGAGGACCUGCCAUUCAUGAUCCCCAACACCGAGUUCCUCCCGGCGCGCAUCCUCGUCAACCCCCGCUGCCUGACGACGUACGGCGGUGUCUCGCACACCAAGCUCGCCACCGACCUGUUUGGUGGACCAAAGGACCACGUCUCCCACGGCGACGGCAACUAUGCGCUCGAGGACUGGGCCGGCGCGCCCGACUCGUUUGUCUGCCAGGAAAUGCGCACCACCGGCGGCCGUACCGCCGCCAAGUCGCAGCGCCGCGUCAGCUUUUUGCUCCAGCAAGAGGUAAGCUAA